GGAGGAGCCGACCGACCGACGGACGAACGGGACCGACCAGCAGCCAAGCCAACGUCAGAGUGCUCUCCGACGUCGUCGCGUCCGCAUCUGCCGAUUGGGUUUAUGGCGUAUCGCGAGAAAAAGGGGAGAUUUUAGAAAAGUCAUAAAAAACCAGUGACAACGGAUCACGUAAUACAGUAAAAUUGGAAAAAAUUAAAAAUAAAUAUAAAAAAGACAUUAUCCAGCGGGUGUCAAUUUUCAAUCCAUCAAAAAAACGUUAGCAGACUGUUGAUCGACGGGCGUUCAUUAUUCGCAGGAGGAUAUUGGAAAAUAAUUGCAAAAAAAUUUUAGCUCGUGAAAUAUCGUUGAAAAAAUUUUUAAAAGAACCUCAGUUCGAAAGGCGAUAAGUGUUCGAGCACUGUGAUAAUUCUCGAUGACCUUCAAACUAUGUUUUCGUAUCGACGGUCCAUUUUAAAUAUUCUCAAUUGCAAUUAGUACGAAAGACUAUAUUGCGCCAUCUACAAUCUUAUGUCUGAACUAGUAAGUUACAACUGAUCAUAAAUCAUUGAGUGAAGUACGUCGUUUACCCCAUUGCUAUAUUUUCGUACGAAAAGUUCUGCGACCACCCAGCUAUGACGCUGUGCUAAUAGUGACAAACGUGACGUUAUUCAGUAAUUGGUUAGAAUUGAUAAUAAAGAAAAUAAUUUACUACACGAUCAGUGGUAUCUCAGUGAAGAUCUCGUGAAGAUCUUGGACGAUGAGGUUCUAUACCCUGCUCCUAUUCCUAGCCAGUUCCACGUGGGCGGACAAUGGAUUCGAGCAGAGUCCCAAUUGCUUAGAACUGAAGUCGCAGGAGGCGUUGGAUCUGAAACAGAUGAUGAACAUAUGGUACGUUAUGGAAAUAUUGGAACACAAACAACAACCAGGAAAACCAAUGGGCGGUUCGCGGAUUGUAGUCGACACCUGCCCAGUGAUACAACUGACGUUAACAUCUAAUUAUUUUCUGAAGAUGCUAUGGACCGAGAGUUUAGGUCAUUUGGAAUAUACGUUCAGAAUACACGAUACAAGAACUCCAGGAUUAUGGGUGUCGACAGCAUUACAAAAUGGCACCCUGGUCGGAGAUCACUAUAACCAAUUCAUGGGUAGCGUCCACGUGAUGAAGGCAGUAGCAUCGCACAUGGUACUGACGUUUUGCAUGAGCAAGACGGAGACUCAGCUGUUCUCACUCCUUCUUUCCCGCAAACGUGCACUACAGAAGAGCGACAUAAAGGGCGUUCACAAUCUCCUACCCCGACGACGGUUGAACAUCGUUAGCACCCGAGUAACUUGCACCAAUGCCUCAGGAAACUCCAGAGGGACCUUCACACUCGAAUGGAUGACCCUAGUCGUGUUAUUCACGAGCGGCUUCUUCUCGACGAUCAUCCAAUAAUGAACGAUGAUCCAGCUACGUUUUCCUUUAUCUCACUCACUCUCCUUCUCUCUCUCUCUCUCUCUCUUUCUCUUAAGACUGGGUAAUAACUGAUGUACUGCGUGCGUGGAACCUGUAAAAAUUAUAAUUUUAGAGCGCAAUGGAAUAAUAUAUAUUAUAUAUUAUUUUUAUCUUUUUUUACCUCAUAGCUUGUUCAUACACUUGUUUCGUUAUAAUUUCUAAAUAGAAAUUUCUACUUGUACGUUGUGCCGGUUAGAGAGCCUGCACCUUAGUGUCAAAUAAAUUAAUUUCUCUCUUUCUCUCUCUCUCUCUCUCUUACAUUUAAUUUUGAGACAAGAAGAAAUUUCCAUUGAUUCUUCAAAAUUCCCAAAGGAUGCUGCGAUCUGCUUGUUGUUCGCAUCUGGAUCGUGGAUUGGAUUUUUAUGAUGAAGGGAUACAGUCACUUUCAAAAGGGACGAAAGACAUCUCUUCUAGUUACCUUUGACGUAUACAUGAAAAAUAUAGAUAAAAGGAUGUCAGGAGUAUGGAGCUAAUAAAAAAGAGAAAAUCUGAAAAUACAUGUGAAUGACUGAGCGAGUAUGUAGAAUUGCGUGAAUCGUAGAGAGAUAAAAAUAUAUAAAUAAUUAAGAGCGAAAAGACGGCGUGUGAAUAUUCGUAUGAAUUUAUUGGUUAGCAGCAGGACGAGGAUGAAGAACCAAUUUGGUUUUGGAAUAUUGGAUUAUGCAAGGGGAGAUUGUCUUAAGGGAGCAAACGGGAAGCCAGCUGCGUUUCGAAAACUUCCUCUGCUAACCAUAAGUAAACCCGGUUGUUGUUAAGCGUUCACGUGCAAUAGAAUCACCGUCUCCUACGGGAUCCGUUUUCCGUCGUUUGGGAACAUAAUAUACACGUAGCAUGUACAUAUCCCAGGAGAACGUUCCCGAUCGUCCCGUUUAAUUAUACGGAAUACGAUUAAAUCGUGAGAGCCACGUUCACACGAACGAAUUCGGUAUAACGCGACUGGUUGAGAUAUACGUUUAAAUCAUCCGAGAAUGAUUUAAGUGCGAAUGGCCAUUGGACGUCUGUUGUGUUUAAACAGCUCUAUAGUCUUUAUUUAUUGUACAGACGCUCGAUUAAUGAUAAUUAUGUAAUAAUGCAAUUGUCGUACGAUGCUUAAUGUGUGUAUAAAAUAUCAAAGCAAUAAAGGUGAGAUUGAGAUGUUUAAAAAUA